AUGGGAGUCCCGCCAUGGGCAUGGUACGCGUUUGGCGCCUGUUUCUCGCUGAUUGUCCUGUUCCUACUGCUCGACUACUUGUUAAUACGACGGAACGCGCUCGGAAACUCGUGUUGCUCCUUCACGCAGAAGAAACGACCGCCAGGAAUGGUGGCCAGCUGUCCGCAGACGAAUCUGGCGUGCGAUAGUUCGCAUCAUUAUCAUCACAAGAGGAGUACGAACAUGAUCUUGAGUGUGUAG